CUAACAAUAAACUAAAUGUACUUAAUGUUGCUUUUCAGGGUGUUGAGAUACAGGCCAUGAUGCAGACUGCGGUGCUGAACCUGCAGAGCUUGUAUGAAAAGCUGAGGUCGCAGGUGGACCUCCUCAAUGACAACAUCGAACCCAACUUCAUCCAGAUGGCUCAGAACUUCGAGGACUGUCGGCGCCGCUGGCAGCGAACGGAGCUGGAUCUGGGAUCCUGUAAGGAGGUUCUCACCAAGGCCCAAACAGAGCGGGGGGCGCUGGAGGUCAAACUGAAACACGCCCGCAACCAGGUGGACGUGGAGAUCAGACGCAGACAGAAGGCCGAGGCCGACUGCGAGAAGCUGGACCGUCAGAUCCAGCUGAUCCGGGACCUGCUGACCAGCGAAGGAUCCUCUAACAGCAUCAAGCUGAGCGCAGAGCAGCGAUCAGCCCUCGCCUUCCUCAACACCAACAGCCAGCCGACUGCUGUGCUGAACACCAGCCGCAGACUGCGCACCAUCGACGAGUCGGCCUCCAUCCUGUCGGACAUCAGCUACGACAAAACGGACGACUCGAUGGACUGGAACUCGUCCAAUGUGAGGACGGUGCGCCUGAAGAAACGAGAGAAGAGGCGCUCCUCCAGAAAUCACGUCGACGGACCUCCGGGCGCCUCCAAGCGCUCCAGAUCCAACGGAAGGAACGCAGAGAGGGGGAAUGAGACUCUGGUGACGAAGACCACGGUGACGGUCCCCGCUGACGGAGGACCGGUCGAGGCCGUCUCCACCAUCGAGACGGUGCCGUACUGGACCCGCAGCCGCAGGAAGACCGCCAACAUGGAGUGGGACUCUGAGUCGGUGAAGUCUCAGGACGUCUUCAAGCAGCCGGAGGUCCUUCAGGAGAGACGGGCAUUACCAGGGACACCUCAGAACCUCGGAGGGGUCCGGCUACACGACUUUGUCUCCAAAACUGUCAUAAAGCCCGAGUCGUGCGUUCCCUGCGGGAAGAGGAUCAAGUUUGGGAAGAUUUCUCUGAAGUGUCGUGACUGCAGAGUGGUUUCUCACCCCGAGUGUCGGGAGCGAUGCCCCCUGCCGUGCAUCCCCAACCUGGGGGCCACGCCCGUCAAGAUCGGAGAGGGCGUCCUCGCAGACUACGUCCCCGACACGUCUCCCAUGAUUCCUCCUCUGGUCGUGCACUGCAUCAGUGAGAUCGAGCAGAGGGGUCUGCAUGAGGCGGGUCUGUACCGGCUGUCCGGCUCCGACCGCACGGUGAAGGACCUGAAGGAGAAGUUCCUGCGCAGUAAGACGGUGCCGGUGCUCAGCCGGGUCGACGACAUCAACGCCGUCACAGGACUGCUCAAAGACUUCCUGAGGAACCUGAAGGAGCCGCUGCUCACAUUCAGACUCAACAGGGCCUUCAUGGAGGCCGCCGAGGUGUCAGACGAUGACAACAGCAUCGCUCUGAUCUACCAGACGGUGGGAGACCUGCCGCCGGCCAACAGAGACACGCUGGCCUUCCUGGUGCUCCACCUGCAGAGAGUUGCUGAAAGUCUGGACACGAGGAUGGACGUCAGUAAUCUGGCUCGAGUCUUCGGGCCGACCCUCGUGGGUCACGCCGUCCCGAACCCCGACCCCAUGAGCAUCCUGCAGGACACCAAGAGGCAGCCCAAGGUGGUGGAGCGCCUCCUCUGCCUCCCUGUUGAUUACUGGGCUCAGUUUGUUUCGGCGGGAUGUGGAACUCCCAACCGGGACCACCUGAUCAUCGAGAAUGCAAACUGCUACGCCACCCCCGAGAGAAUGAGCAUUCUGGGACCUCUGAACACUCCGGACCACCAGCUCAAUAAAACCCCGUCCUCCAGCUCUCUGGGGCAACGCAUGAAGUCUUCUCUGACCCCCAGAUUCGGGAGCAAGACCAAGUCGGCGGUCGGGUUUAAUCGCCCGGGGAAGUUCUUUGCAUCUCCGUCCCUGAAAUAAUCCAACGAAGAAGACACACUUGAUCUUUUGUUCACUCUGCAAUAACAACCCCUCUCCAUCUCCAAAGCCUCCUGGUCUGCUUCAUAGCAAGGAUGCCACGUGUGUCUUUAGAGCUUCUGCUGAAUGUGUAAUGAGACCUUUUACUCCUUUAACGCGUGUUUUUAUAGAUCACUCUUUUUGAAAAUAUAUGCUAUGUGCACGCUUUGAUUGUGACCUGCUUUAAACUCAACUCAUGUGUCACUCAGAGGUUGAAGAACGGAUUUUUUUUUUUUUAAGGCAUUUCAUUGCAGGUUGGAAUCAAAGGUGGCCAGUGUCCUUUAUCCUUUACGCUUUUCCACUGUUUGUAUUGAGUUUUACGCUGGUCGACGGGUGCUAACGUGCUACAGCGACACAACACUCUUCCAUCAGGAGAAACGAUGCAGAAACACAAAGGUUCCACAUGAAGAAACAUCUCCAGCAACUUGACAACACCUGCAGCGUUUAGAGGACAUUCAGCGACUCGAGGAGACAUGGCAGCGUUUACUGAAAGCUGCAGAAACCAGACGCUGAAGAAGCUCAAACACAACGUCCCUCUUUAGUGUCCCCCGGUCUCCCAGCUGUGUGCGUCACUCUUUUGUGUCCCCCGGUCUCCCAGCUGUGUGCGUCACCUUUAAGUGUCCUCCGGUCUCCCAGCUGUGUGCGUCACCUUUAAGUGU